CCAAUCAGGUAUCAUGGUGUAAAAACACCUUGAUCUGGUAACUCCCAUUACUUUUCCUGCAGAGACCUAUACUUGCUGUGAGCAGAACUUCCUCACACAUUUGAUUGUACUCUUGAUGUCUUAUUUUGUCUCAUCACUACGGACGCUUGGGAGGAAUGAGGUUUAGCCUCAGUCUCACAUACCUCUUUUCGUACAACUUGCUUCAGUUCUAUGGACACACAUGGAUUUUCACGAACAUGACAGCCAGAUUUCUCUCUUUUGGGGAAGAUGCCCAGGCGGGCACCUUCUAUUUUGUGGGCGUGAUGAUGGGCGCUUGUCAGCUUCUGUCUUUGUUAGAACUGUUUCAUAUUGCAGAUGGUUUUGAGGAGUGCAGGCUUUUCCCUCGCUUCAUGCAGGUAAUGGAGAGAAAUGUCCUUCUGUUUCUCCUCAUCAGUCUGGAAGAGUUUCAGAGCAAACCAGUGGUGUGUGUCCAGUUUUAUCUGUGGAAUAUACUGGGCCUACUAAGGUAUCCACAUGAGUUAUUUUGCCUCAUAGGCACACCAUAUUUUAAAAUGCUAUGGGUGCAUCAAACACUCUCGAUCCCAGUGUACUUGCUGUCUGCUGUCACAGAAGGAAUAAGCAUUUUCCAUAUGUUGCCAUACUUGUCUGAGUCUGAAGGAAUGGAUUCAGUGCGGCUUAAAGUACCUGCAUCAAUAUACAUGUAUUCCCCAUACAUCCUUAUGGGUUGGUUACUCCUUCAUGUAUUAGGAUCCAGUUUAACGGUACUAUUCUUGCUGAAGGAAAGGAAGGAGACUCUGGAGAGCUGGAAUCAGAAGCUGAAGAAAGACUAAGCAGAGAAAUGAUCAUACAGGUCCUCCCAUUCACCAAUGCCAAACAUUUGAACCUUAGGAGUAUUAUGUUGGAGACGGAGUGUCUUGUUGAACUCCUCUCUGUGUUGAAACACGAUUAUGUUUGUUUGUUCAUUGGUACAGUUGUAAGUAUUUCAACAUGUUAUCGGUUACAACACAAAUACAUUUUAACUGAAAAAAAAAUGCAUAUGCUUUAAUAAAAAUACAAUAUCUUAAAAAUCA